AUGGCCUAUUCCAAGGCUUUUGUGAUUCUUGGCCUUCUUUUUAGUGUGUUUUUGAUUUCCUCUCAUGUUUCUGCUCGUCAACUUUCUGAACUAACUAAACCUACGGAGAAGACAAAAGACUUAGAUGGUUAUGGUCACGGUGGGCAUGGACAUGAUGGCCAUGGACAUGGUGGACAUGGACAUGGUGGCCAUUAUCCACCAAAGGAAGAAGAAAAUGAUGUAGAUGAAAAUGUAGAGCCACAAAAUUAUGGAUAUGGUGGUUAUGGUCAUGGUGGUUAUGACCAGGGUGGUUAUGGUAGUGGAUAUGGGCAAGGUGGUUAUGGACAAGGUGGCUAUGGUGGUUAUGGGCAAGGUGGUGGAUAUAGACAGGGUGGCUACGGACAAGGUGGUGGAUAUGGACAGGGUGGCUAUGGACAAGGUGGCUAUGGACAUGGUGGGCACGGUGGAUAUGGACAGGGCGGCUAUGGUGGUUAUGGACAUGGUGGAUAUGGACAUGGCGGAGGAUACAGUGGUCAUUACCCACCAAAGGAAGAAACUAAAAACUAA